AUGGUAAAGGAUACCACCUAUUAUGAGCUUUUGCAAGUCCAAACAGAUGCGACUGAAUUGGAAAUCAAAAAGUCCUACAGGAAGCUGGCGAUCAGAUACCACCCUGAUAAAAACCCGGGCAAUGAGGAGGCAGCAGAAACAUUCAAAAAGAUCAGUGAAGCCUACCAAGUUUUGAGUGAUAAAGAACUGAGAUCCAAGUAUGACCAACACGGUAUUCAGGAAGCUGGAGCUGGUGAGAUGGUGGAUCCGGAGAAAUUCUUUGAGGAUAUCUUUGGAGGUGAAUCUUUUGUUCCUUAUGUGGGAGAACUAACAAUGUUGAAGAACCUAACCAAAGAACUCGAAUUGCAGAGCCAGGAGGAAGAACACACACGUAAAAAGGAGCAAGUAAAGGACGAUGCCGAGCGUGCAGAACGAUAUUACACUGAAAAUCCAACCAGUGUUUCAUCUAAUAAAUAUUUGGGAGAUUCGGAUCUGAACAAUUUGACCCACGAAGAACAAACCAAGGCUGUAGAAGAGCAAAGAAAAAAAGAACUUGAGGCUGAGAGAGAGAAGUUAGAAGAAGAACAACGUAUUCAUCGGGAGGAAAUACAAAAGGACCUAACUGAAAAACUGAUCAAUAGACUAUCGUUGUACACAGAAACAGAUAAAUCUCAAGAUGUCAUCGAAUCUUUUAAGGAGAAAUUUAGAUUGGAAGCUGAGAAUUUGAAGAUGGAAUCAUUUGGCCUAGAGCUAUUGCAUACAAUUGGCUCAAUCUAUUAUGAUAAGGCAAGUACGUUCCUUAAGGCGGAAAACUCUUUUCUUGGUAUUGGAGGAUGGCUGGGAACAUUGAAGGAGAAAGGUGGCAUUAUUAAGGACACUUACUCGACCAUCAGUGUAGCACUGGAUGCACAGAAAACAAUGGAAAAACUUGCAAAAAUGAAUGAACGUAGGGAAAGGAUGCAGAAGGAGCAAGAAGACAAAGAAGAAGCACCAGACAAAGCGACGAGUGAACAAGAUGAUGAUAAAGAAAAUGUAACUAAUUCCGCUGUCAAUAAUGACACAAAAAAUAAUACCAAAGAAGAAAGCGCAAGGGAAAAUACUAAAUCCAAGAAGGAUCAAGUUGAGGAUGAAGGGCCUGUGCCUACCGACGAAGAGGUUGCGGAAAUGGAAAAGUUAUUAAUGGGUACGAUUUUGGCAGCUGCAUGGAAAGGUUCACACAUGGAAAUCUCGUCUAAUUUGAGAGAAGUUGUGUCAAAUGUAUUAUACGAUGAAAGUGUUCCGAAGGAGAAAAGGAUUGAGAGAGCAGAAGCCUUGAAAAUCCUUGGCACUGUUUUCAAGGAAACUAAGCGUUCACAAUGGGAAGCUGAGGAAGCCAGACUCUUUGAAGAGUUGGUAGCAGAAGCGACCCAAAAGAAGACCAAAAGGAAGUAG